AUGUGCGAAGCGGAGUCUUCCUUUCGGUUUCACGUUACCGGAUCGCGUGGUUCUUCACCGCGGUGUAACAUGCGAUGUGGCACUCGUUUGAUUUCGGAACUCGUUGAUCAGUCUCACACGUUGAAUUCUUCAGGAGUACUUGACUUGAAGAUGUCCAAAACGUGUCAACAAGAAUUCUCGGAGAAGUUCCAUGACUUGAUGAAAAGUGGCGGUGGUUGCACGAAAUGUAAAACAUUAAAAAUUGCUGAUCCGUCAUUGAAACUCUUCGUGAAUUCGUGCGGUCAUUCGUGGUGUUCAAGCUGCGUAGAAAUAUCAUUCAUUCGUGGGCCCAACCCGUGUCCUGUUUGUGGUACAGUUCUCCGCAAGAAAGGCUUCCGCCCACAGGUUUAUCGUGAAGCCUAUGUCGAAAGAGACAAUGAAAUAAGACACAAUCUUCUGAAGGAGAUAAACCUGAUGCGAAGUGAUUUCAAAACGUUGAGGCUGUACAAUGACUAUCUUGAAUUCGUUGAGACCGUGAUCUUCAACCUCGUGAACGGAGUCGACGUGGAGAAGACAAAGAAGGAUAUUGAAAACUUCAAGCGAUUGCACGGCGACUCAAUUUCGAAAAACAAGAACAAGAUCAGUGAAGCAGAUCAGGAAAUAUUGAACAUCUUGGAAGCUGAGCGAGGUUUGCCGCCGGGACAAUCACUCCCCCCACCGAGGUCCAGCGUGAAGCAGCCUGUGAAGCCGACAGUUGCCGAUGUGCAAAAAAUAACGAAUGUGAGAAAAACACAAGUGCGUGUUCGCAAGCGAAGGCCUGUGACCGAAGUUCAUCGUCACAGAACUUCAUGCGAUGUUCGUGUUAUGAAAGGGCCGAUUCCUCCGAGAAUCGAGAGCUUGCACAUCCUACCGGUCCCUGUUUCUCCUGGCAAAGUCGGCGGGUUUCGUCCUGAAUUCGGUGCUUUGAAGCUGUACGAGAAGGCGUUCGAAAAAAGAAAGGCCGUCGCGCUGGACAAAGCGUCGAGGUGUACAACAUGCGAGCAGAAGAUGGACGUCGAUCCACCGGACGAUCCAGUUCUUCCGAGCUCGUCGUCCGCAUCGUCGGCAAGCUGCUUGAAGCGAUCCAGCAGUGCCCCGAUGAUCGACCAAAUUUCGGACACUGCGGUGUGUUCCCCUAGUUUCACAGUGGAACGAAUUCGAAACCCCAGAGCAUCUAUGACAUCUACUGCGAGUCUAUCUCCGCUAUCGAAUAGUUGGCGACCUCGGCGUUUAAGUGCGAAUCACGGCUCGUUGUCCUCUCCAUCUUCGCCGCAUGGUUUGGCCCCGCGUGUUCAGCAGCUGAAAAAAGAGGAAGGACUGGACGAAGUCAGUCAGGAAUCCGACCUUCACUCAACGUUGAGACUAUCGGAAAGUUGGGGUGAUCUGUCAGUGGGGGCGGAAACUCGUCACGUCAGGGUAUCAGAUCCGCUUACAGUGAAUCUGGAACCGUGGAGCUCUGGUCCGAUGUCACCUGGUGUUCAUGGCUCGCAGCAGCUUGGCUCCUUGCUUACUGCCCCGCAGCCCUUGUCUAUCUUUCAGCACCACUCUUGCCCCUUGCCGUCGCCGACGCGAGGAACGCGGCUGAACACGCAGUUGACGAUGCGCAGCGUGUCGUUCUCGCCGUCACCGUCUCCGUCACCGACCCGGAAAACGUUCACGACCCGUCGGAGCCAGAGCCCGAUUGCCAUGCGAGCCAACCAGCAGCUCGCUGGGGCUGUGAAGCGCAAGUGCGAGCUCCUGCUGGCCGGCAGCGGCGACCAGGACGUGCAACCGCUGCCUAAGCGUCUGUUUGGCGGCCUCCUCAUGCCGCAGACGACGAUGAUGAUGACUCCCUCACUGCCGCCGUCGUCGACGACCACUUCGGGCUUUGACACGCCCACGUCGUCGUCGGCCAGCUCGCCGGAAGCCCAGAGUCCAGCGUCCAAGACGACGUCGCUGGCCAAAGCCAUGGAGCAAGUUUUGUUGAUUGCUUAUCCGGAGAUAUCGAGUGAUUUUGCGGGAAAACCCAAUUAUCGCUUGAUCUACACGUUGGCUGGGCACCAGAAAGCUGUUUCUGCCGUGAAAUUUAGUCCAAGCGGAGAGUGGCUGGCUAGUUCAUCUGCUGACAAGUUGAUAAAAAUAUGGGGUGCGUACGACGGCAAGUUCGAGACUUCCAUUUCGGGGCACAAGCUGGGAAUUUCCGAUGUGGCAUGGUCUCACGACAACCGGUAUCUCGUUUCUGCAUCAGAUGAUAAAACGCUGAAAAUUUGGGACUUCACGACGGGCAAGUGUUUGAAAACGUUGAAGGGACACAGCAAUUAUGUUUUCUGUUGCAAUUUCAACCCGCAGUCCAACUUGGUGGUCUCUGGUUCGUUUGACGAAAGUGUUCGAAUUUGGGACGUGAAGACGGGAAAGUGCUUGAAAACCCUUCCGGCGCACUCCGAUCCCGUUUCCGCAGUGCACUUCAACCGAGACGGAACAUUAAUCGUGUCUUCAUCGUACGAUGGCUUGUGUCGAAUCUGGGAUACGCAGUCGGGUCAGUGUUUGAAGACGCUGAUCGAUGAUGACAACCCGCCGGUUUCCUACGUCAAAUUUUCCCCGAAUGGGAAAUACAUCUUGGCUGCCACGCUGGACUCGACGCUCAAGUUGUGGGACUAUGCGAAGGUGAAGCCGUUGAAAGCGUACACGGGACACAAGAACGAGAAGCAUUGCAUCUUUGCCAACUUCUCCGUGACUGGCGGAAAGUGGAUAGUUUGCGGCUCCGAAGACAACAUGGUGUACAUUUGGAACCUGCAGACGAAGGAAGUUGUGCAGAAGCUCGCUGGGCAUUCCGACGUGGUGCUCUGCACAGCCUGUCAUCCGACCGAGAACAUCAUUGCUUCCGCUGCCCUGGAAAAUGACAAAACGAUCAAGCUAUGGAAGAUGAAUUUACAGAUGUUGUCUCGGUGUCGACUGGGGUCUCGGUUGAGAUGGAGCGUCCGCUUCGCAUCGAACUUGGUUUCGGUGGGCAUUCAAGGGGAGCAGAAAGUGUUGGUGCUGAAGCCGGAAAUUGAGUACGAGAAGGUUUGGGAUCAUCGAGAGCAACUCGUGGAUAAUCUGGUGAGACGUCGCGUGUAUUCCGAUGCGGAAAGUGCCUCGGAUGCGGUCGAGAGCCUUCGCCAGCGAUGGGAAGAAUUGAAGGAGCAGAAGAAGCGCGUGGAGCUUCGAGAACAGCGGUGGGCUCUAGAAGAGGACCUCUUGACCAAGCUGAUCCAUCUCCCGAACAGUUUGCACGAGACAGUUGCUGAUGCCUCGGAAAUCACGGGUCAUUUCUGCGUGCCGAAUCCGUGGGAGAAGCCGGUGCUGGGAGAAAGCUCGGAACUAGACGUGGGUUUCCUCUUGCGCGACUGGAUGCGAGUCAAGGGCUACCAGCCUUGGAGUCCGUCCGACACCGUCACUGCGGACGUCGCGGAAGCCGUCUACGGACCGCAUUACUUUCGUCACUGCUGGCAGCUGGAGAAGCAGCACUUGUUUCUGCCGGGCAGUGCUUCUCUUGCUGCCAUGUGCUCCGUAUUUGCGAGGAGAAUGACGAAGCCUCACGUUGCCCUGCCCCUGAAAGUGUUCUCCACGGGCAACGUUUACCCCACGAGUGCUGAGAGAAACUUUUCCUGUUCCGCCUUGAUCUUUGGACAGGAAACGUCGGGGGAUCAUGGAUUUGAAGUUCUGUUGGCGGAUGCUUUGGAGGUCCUGACGCGAUUCGGAUUGAAUGUGAGAGUGGUUUCGUGUGGAGUACCUUUGCUGGAAGCGAGGCAGAUGAGGCGGGUGGAUUUGCAAGUGCUCGGGGGGACGAGUGAUGAGUGGAAGCGGGUCGGGCAUGUGGAGGAGUGUUCGGAUUACCUUUCGAGGCGCCUGCUGAUGAAGAGCCAAGUGCGGAGUUCCAAGCAAGAAGUCUACCUGAAUGUUGCCUACUCCACUUUGAGUCUGACGAGUUUGUUGCCGAUUUUGGAAAUGAAUAAAACGACUGAUGCGUGACAAUUGUUGUGUCUCGCUGUCAGCAUGGUACUGUACUGUGUAUAUGGCGAAUUUUUGUGUGCUGUGUGUCACGUUUAGCUGAAAUCUCUGUUGAUCUGCCAAAGGAUAUCCGGCGUGGACAAGACAGCUGCUGAGCCAUUCAGUUGAACUUGAACAUCUGAUGCUGCAGUUUUUCUGCUUCUUCCUCAUUUGGUCAA